GUCCUCUCGCACCAGACUUAGCUGGAGAUUCUGACAGCGAAGACGAAGACGAGAAGGCGGAUGUUUUUCCUGUAACUAUAGUUAAGGCUCCUCCCGCUUCUACGUCACCUCUAUGGAGCAGAUCCCUCAACCUCCGUAUCAAGGGAAUUAUACCCUUGAGGGAUCCACCACCUCUGUACAACCCACCACCUCUACAACUCCAGAGAUAUGAAUCAGUGAGAUAUGAAUCAGUGAUACUAGUGCUAAUACAGCUGGCGCAGGAGGGACAACAACGUCAAGUGGUCCAGCUGGAGGCAUACUUCGAGGCGUGAACUCCACUACUGGGAUUCCGCAGCCAACUGUGGGAGCUCGUGCAGCCUUUCGUACAUCCAAAAGUCAAAGUUUUUGCAUGCCUGGCACGUUGAAAAGCCAAGAAGAACUCCUCUCCGGUGCAAACAAGAACGGCAAGCUGAAGAAAAGCAAAGACGACAGUCACCGACUUUCUCAGGAUCAUCAACCCCUAGAGCCAGCUUUUUUCGCGAAUCUGAAACAGGAAAUUCAGCGCAAGCGUUCGAUCUCUGGAGCAUCGACGGGAGUACUUCUAGGAAGUGCUGCUGGUGGCCUGCUGCAAAAUAUUGCACCACAAAUGGA